AUGUCGGAGACGCCAGACCUCGGAAAGCCUCAAUUCGCAUCGCACUCAUGGCUCGAACCAAUCGUUGUCGUGGGUAUCAUGAUCGGAUCGUUGGUGCUUAAUAGACGCAAAAACUUCAGCAUUUUCGGAGACCAGGGGGAUGACCAAAAUUCCCGCGGAGGAUAUUUCGCCCUCGACGAUGAAGCCCGAGCACAGUCACCCAAUCCACUGAAGAUCGAACGAUUCUGUGGAAUUCCCAUCAAGACCCCCGAUUCCUCACGAUGGGCCAACAAUAUACACAGUCGAAUCCUGUAUAAAUUCCCUUUCUUGGUGGAGAUGUUCUACUGGGCUUUGAACUACGUCUUUUACUCUGUUACAAAAGCGGUUGCUGCGACUCUGGUUCCUGCUCAAGUGGGUGUUGUGGCUGUGGCACAGCAACAUGGAGAGGAUAUUCUUUGGUUUGAGCAUCAAUCGGCUUUCCGGUGGUUAUUCCCCAUCCUGGAAUCCGAUUACCAGCAUUUCUUCAUGACCUAUCAUCCCAACAUCCAAACUUUCUUCAAUCGGAUUUACUCCCUUGUGCAUAUCCCAGGAACUGUACUUUUCCUCUCCUGGUACUACCACGAAGCUCCUAACGCCCAUAUCUUCGCCGUUGCCCGCCGCACAAUGACCCUGGGCAAUUUCAUCGCUUUCGCCGUCUUCUGCAUUUACCCCUGCAUGCCUCCCCGCCUCCUCCCAGAAUCCUACAACUUCUUCGACACCGUCCGUCAAGAGCACGCCGAGAGUGUGUGGGUGGAUAGUAAAUCCGUGAACCAGUUCGCCGCGAUGCCCAGUCUACACUUCACCUAUGCCUUCGUGAUCAGUUGCACAUUCCUCUACCACUCCGAAAUCCUUCGCCGUAUUCGCGGAAAGCCUACCCGCAAGUCCACUUUCACUCAGGUCAUCUACGCCGUUCUCGCAGUGCUAUACUCCAUCCUGGUUCUGAGCGUUAUCGUCGCAACAGCCAACCACUACUGGAUGGAUGCCAUGAUGGCUAUGAUCUCCGUCACAGUGUGCUUCUUGAUUAACCGUGUAUUCCUGUUGCUUCUACCUCUGGAAUACUUUGUUUGCUGGGCUUUGCGUCUGGCGAAACCACUGCCUCAUGUAGGCGGUAAUAAGUCAGAUAACGGGUCCCAGUCUCCAAGAUAUCGCACUGUGGGCGCGUAUGAUGUCGUAUGA